AUGAAGAAAUCUUCCAAUGUUAGGUUGCAGCAUUCGACUGGCCAACGGCAUGAAAAAACUUAUGGAAAAUUCUUUAAUGCACCUCGAAUAAAAAAUGUGACCAAUACUGCUCGAAGAAGAUCAACAGAAGAAAAUGGUAAUGAUUCGUCGGACCAAUCCGAAAGUGAUGAGGAGAGCACUGUCCAUUCAACUCGUAAUGUUUCAAUUAUCAAAAAAGAGGAAGAAGGUUCCAUGGUGGACUUGACUGAAGAGGAACCACCCAAAAUUAUUGAGACAAUUUCUUUAGAGAGCGACAAUGAUGAGGAAGAAAAUGUCACUGCAACACCAACCACUCACAACUCUGUGACAAACACUGAAUACACAUUCUCUGAAACAGUUCAAGAUGUGAAUAGAAAGACCGUAGAAGAAUUGAUAACAUUUAUCAAAAUUAAUGAUGAAGAAUUGCACAACAAUAUCAGAAAUGUAUUAAGAGAGCAGAAAAUUUCUGGAAGCAAAUUCAUGAGCUUGAGUUCAACUGAUUUUUAUCAAAUGAAAUUACACCUCAAAGAUCAAGUCAAGAUCCUGCAAAUUACAAACAAAAUCCACCAAAAUUCCCGUUAA